AUGCAGGUGUCCUUCGUGUGCUCGGAGCACAGCCUCAAGGGCCGGGGCCCUGAGGAGCGGCUGGGCCGUCCGGCGACCAGCAGCCCCAGCCUGGGCACCCGCGGCCGCUUCCGCGCCGUGGCCAUGGUGGCACGGAGCCUGGGACACCUGUCGGUGCAGAGCCUCCCAAGCGCCGGCGACACGGUCGUGAAGCAGCCCGGGAUGAAAUAUAGGAACCUGGGCAAGUCCGGCUUGCGGGUCUCCUGCCUGGGGCUUGGAACAUGGGUGACCUUCGGAGGACAAAUCACGGAUGAGAUGGCAGAGCAGCUAAUGACCCUGGCCUACGACAAUGGCAUCAACCUCUUCGACACCGCGGAAGUCUACGCAGCUGGCAAGGCUGAAGUGGUCCUAGGAAACAUCAUAAAGAAGAAGGGCUGGAGACGUUCCAGCCUCGUCAUCACCACCAAGAUCUUCUGGGGCGGAAAAGCGGAAACCGAGAGGGGCCUUUCCAGAAAGCACAUCAUAGAAGGUCUGAAAGCUUCUCUGGAGCGGCUGCAGUUGGAGUAUGUGGACGUGGUGUUUGCCAACCGCCCAGACCCCAACACACCCAUGGAAGAGACCGUGCGCGCCAUGACCCACGUGAUCAACCAGGGGAUGGCCAUGUACUGGGGCACAUCGCGCUGGAGCUCCAUGGAGAUCAUGGAGGCCUACUCGGUGGCCCGGCAGUUCAACCUGAUCCCACCCAUCUGCGAGCAGGCCGAGUACCACAUGUUCCAGCGCGAGAAGGUGGAGGUGCAGCUGCCGGAGCUGUUCCACAAGAUCGGAGUGGGCGCCAUGACCUGGUCCCCUCUGGCCUGUGGCAUUGUUUCUGGAAAGUAUGACAGCGGCGUCCCGCCCUACUCGAGAGCCUCCUUGAAGGGCUACCAAUGGCUGAAGGACAAGAUCCUGAGUGAGGAAGGUCGGCGCCAGCAGGCUAAGUUGAAGGAGCUGCAGGCCGUCGCCGAGCGCCUGGGCUGUACCCUGCCCCAGCUGGCCGUGGCCUGGUGCCUGAGGAACGAGGGGGUGAGCUCCGUGCUCCUGGGAGCUUCUAACGCAGACCAGCUCAUGGAGAACAUUGGAGCGAUCCAGGUCCUUCCAAAACUGUCAUCUUCCAUUAUCCACGAGAUCGAUAGUAUUUUGGGCAAUAAACCCUACAGCAAAAAAGACUACAGAUCCUAAGACGCCGCCGCCCGCCUGCUUGGACAGUCCGCUCCCCUCCCCGUCUCUGUUCGCUCGCUUAAGCUGUUCUGAAGCCAAGUGACGAGUGUGGUGUGUGUCAGAGAGAGC